CUCUGACAGUCCUACUCCUACUUAUGAUUCUAAUACCCAUAAAGAAAUUGAUAAAUUGUAUCUAGAAACUAGUCAUAUAAGAAACUAUAAGUAUACGAUUACAAUAUUGCAGCAACAGUUGCAAGAACAAGAAAAUAGAGAGUUUACUAUAAUCACAAAAUUUCAAAGAAACUUUGAAAACCAAGAGCAAGUAAUUUUAAAAUUGAGAAGACAGUUAGAAGAGUACCAAGAAGUUAUAGUUAAUUUGAAAGAUUUGUUAAGUGAUGAAGUUGAUAGAAAUGAAGAACUGGUCAAGCAAUAG